CUAAAGAAGGAAACCAACGCAGCCACACCCACUCACCCAGCAUCAACUAUCCUCUCCUCUCUGAAACUACACAGCAUCAAGUAAACCUAGCCCCCAGCCACCCAGCACUGCAGCCCACCGCCCGCAGUCACCGCAAUCUCUGCCGCCACUGCAGCCACGCAGCCCCCGCAUCCGCCCCCGCAGGCCGCAGCCACUGCAGCUCCCCGCAACCCCACAGCCACGCAGCCUCCACCGCCACCGUAGGAAGAUCCAUCGCCGUGGUAGGAAGCUGUGUCACCGUGAUUGGAAGCUCCCUUGCCGUCGUUUGGAAGCUCCCUUGCCGUCGUUUGGAAGCUCGUUGGCCGUCUCCUCUGUUCGAGCUCUCUCUCUCUGUGUCGCCGUGUUUCUGUCACUUCCUUUCCUCCUCGCAGCCGUUCGUGAGGAUGAGGCUGUUGAAGGUUGCCACUUGCAAUCUCAACCAAUGGGCCAUGGACUUCGAUUCAAACACUCAGCGAAUCAAGGACUCCAUCGCUAUCGCUAAACAAUCCGGCGCCGUCAUUAGGCUCGGCCCUGAGCUCGAGCUCACUGGCUAUGGCUGUGAAGACCACUUCUUGGAACUCGACACCGUCACACACGCAUGGGAAUGUUUGAAAGAUAUCUUAGUUGGUGAUUUGACGGAUGGAAUUGUGUGUAGCAUUGGAAUGCCUAUUAUCAAGGACUCUGAGCGCUACAAUUGUCAGGUUCUUUGUUUGAAUCGCAAGAUUCUCAUGAUACGCCCAAAGAUGUGGCUUGCGAACGAUGGCAAUUAUAGAGAACUUCGAUGGUUCACGGCGUGGAAGCCGAGAGAUCAUCUUGUCCAUUUUCAGCUUCCCGGCGAGAUAGCUGAGGCGUUAGGCCAGACAUCGGUUCCCUUUGGUUAUGGAUUUCUGAAGUUUAAGGACACAGCUAUUUCGGCUGAAGUUUGUGAAGAGCUGUUUACUCCAACUCCCCCACAUUCUGAGCUUGCAUUGAAUGGGGUUGAAGUAUUUAUGAAUGCCAGUGGAAGUCAUCACCAACUUAGAAAGCUUGAUGUUCGUCUUCGUGCUUUUAUAGAUGCCACUCACACUCGUGGCGGAGUAUACAUGUAUAGCAAUCACCAAGGAUGCGAUGGUGGCCGUCUUUACUAUGAUGGCUGUGCUUGUGUUGUGGUCAAUGGUGAUCUCAUUGCACAAGGGUCACAAUUUUCUUUAAAGGAUGUUGAGGUUGUGGUUGCACAAAUGGAUCUAGACAUGGUGGCAAGCCUAAGAGGAUCCGUAAGUAGCUUUCAAGAGCAAGCAAGUUGUAAAACUAAGGUUCCUUCAGUGGAAGUACCAUAUAGUCUUUGUGUACCUUUUAAUCUUAAACAUCGUCUUUCCAUUCCACUAAAGAUCAAGUAUCACUCUCCUGAGGAGGAAAUAGCAUUUGGACCUGGUUGCUGGUUAUGGGACUAUUUAAGAAGAAGCGGAGCAUCUGGUUUUCUGCUUCCCCUUUCUGGUGGAGCAGACAGUUCAUCAGUUGCUGCAAUUGUUGGUUGCAUGUGUCAGCUGGUUGUUAAAGAAAUCGCAAAUGGAGAUGAACAAGUUAAAGCUGAUGCAAUAAGAAUAGGAAACUACAAAGAUGGACAAUAUCCUACUGAUAGCAGAGAAUUUGCCAAGCGAAUAUUCUAUACUGUUUUUAUGGGAUCUGAAAACAGUUCGGACAUGACAAGGUCACGGGCCAAGGUGUUGGCUGAUGAAAUUGGUUCAUGGCACCUUGAUCUUUCCAUUGAUGGAGUUGUAUCUGCGUUUUUGUCAUUGUUCCAAACACUUACAGGAAAGAGACCACGCUAUAAGGUAGAUGGUGGAUCUAAUGUUGAGAAUCUAAGCUUGCAGAACAUACAAGCUAGAAUCAGGAUGGUGCUCGCCUUCAUGUUAGCAUCACUAUUGCCUUGGGUUCACAACAAACCAGGGUUUUAUCUUGUCUUGGGGAGCUCAAAUGUGGAUGAAGGAUUACGUGGUUACUUGACAAAGUAUGAUUGCAGCGCAGCAGAUAUAAAUCCUAUUGGUAGCAUAAGUAAGCAGGACCUUAGGACAUUCCUGCGAUGGGCAGCUAUCCAUCUUGGUUACUCAUCUCUGGCAGAAAUUGAAGCAGCUCCACCUACUGCUGAACUGGAGCCUAUACGUUCUAACUACACUCAGCUUGAUGAAGUUGAUAUGGGAAUGACUUACGAGGAACUGUCAGUCUAUGGAAGACUACGGAAAAUCUUCCGAUGUGGUCCAGUUUCAAUGUUCCAGAAUCUGUGUUAUAGAUGGGGUGGAAGAUUGACUCCAUCACAGGUGGCCGAAAAAGUGAAACACUUCUUCAAGUACUAUUCAAUCAACCGGCACAAAAUGACUGUCUUGACGCCUUCAUAUCAUGCCGAGAGUUAUUCCCCGGAGGAUAAUAGGUUUGAUCUGCGCCAGUUUCUCUAUAAUGUGAGAUGGCCCUAUCAAUUUCGGAAGAUUGAUGAACUAGUGAGUGAGUUGGAUGUGAAAGACAUUGUUCAAGAAGGAGACCAUGUAGCAGCUGUAUCAGAAGGUGUUGGUGGGAUGGGAGUUGCUGCAGCAGGUUCAGGCAAUCCCAAAGUCGGAUUCUAACUAAAAUUUAACCAAACCAGGAAUGAAACAACAGAAUAAAUUAGAAGUCUGCCUAGACAGAGAUGUAGAUUUCAUCUUUCAAAAAUUAAUGUACAUUUUUUUUUCCCACUUGAUAUAGUCUAUAGAGAUGUAUGAGUGGCUAAGAAACUCAGUGUCUACCAAAUUAAUAAAUUUAAAUGAAAAUUGUUCGGUCACCCAUACUCAUGUUUGUGAGAUUUCUGUAAGAAACAAUACCUCUAUCAUUUCGCUUCAUCCUUUUUUAUUGUACAGUUUACUCUCGUGAGCAAUGAAAUUAAUCCAACCUAGCAUUUCAGCUUC